ACGUGACUUAAAGUGGAAGUUGGAAGAGAUACAUGCGUUCUCUCAAAAUGUCCGCGCCCGGGGAAGACACGUUUCCUUGCGAAGAUGGAGAGGCUGAAGAUAUGGAAGGGAGUGGGAGCGAUGAGGAUGAAAUGGAUGAAGAAAGGGAAGAUGGAGCAGGAGAAACGAAAGUUUAUGUGCCCGGUAUGCAGCCGUUGCAGCCCGGAGAGGAGCUUGAAAUGGAUCGAUCCGCUUACCACAUGUACCACGAAUGCCAGACAGGAGCACCUUGUCUAAGUUUUGAUGUUCUGAGAGACGGAGAGGGAGAUGGAAGGGAACAGUUUCCUCUGUCAAUGCUUCUGUGUGCUGGAACACAGGCUGACGCUGCGCUCAGCAACAGACUCAUUGUCAUGCGAAUGCACAACCUGUAUGGGACACAGAAGGCCAAGGAGGGGGAGGCCGGCAGUGAUGAAGAAAGUGGUGAUGAUGGUGAUGAAGAGGAAGAGGACAAGAAGCCCCAGAUGGAGCUGGCGAUGAUGCCGCAUUAUGGGGGUAUCAACAGAGUUCGAGUGACUCAGCGAGGGGAGCAGUCACUGGCUGCUGUCUGGUCUGACAAGGGUCAGGUGGAGAUCUUUGACCUUCGACCUCAGUUGGAAGCCGUUCACAGCUCUGCAGCGAUGGCUGCAUUUAUUAAACGGCAGAAGGAGGCAACACCUCUCUUCAGCUUCUCGGGGCACAUGUCGGAGGGGUUUGCCAUUGACUGGUCACCCAAAGUACCUGGGCGCCUGAUCAGCGGCGACUGCAAAAAGAACAUUCAUGUCUGGGAGCCGCGGGAGGAUGGGAGCUCUUGGCAGAUUGACCAGCGGCCGUUUAGCUCUCACACGAAAUCUGUGGAGGACCUCCAGUGGUCACCCACGGAGGCAACGGUUUUUGCUUCCUGCUCUGUGGAUCAGUCUGUCCGUGUCUGGGACACCAGGGCGCCACCAAACUCCAUGCUUUCAGCUAACGAGGCACACUCUUCAGAUGUCAAUGUCAUCAGUUGGAACCGAAGUGAACCAUUCUUGCUUUCAGGAGGGGAUGAUGGACAUCUGAAAGUAUGGGACCUAAGACAGUUCCAGUCUGGCAAACCUGUGGCCACAUUCAAGCAGCACAGCGCCCCCAUCACCUCAGUAGAAUGGCACCCCAGUGACUCGAGUGUUUACGCCGCCUCUGGGGCGGACGAUGUGGUCAGCCAAUGGGAUCUUUCUGUGGAGUCAUGUGAUGUGGGAGCGCGGGCAGAAGGGGUGAAAGAUCUGCCGCCACAGUUGCUCUUCCUGCACCAGGGUCAGACAGAAGUGAAGGAGAUCCACUGGCACCCACAGAUACCCGGAGCCCUCGUCUCCACAGCACUGUCAGGUUUCAACGUGUUUAGGACUAUCUCUGUGUGAGGUGUGUGCGUGUGUGUGUGCGUGUGUGCGUGUGUGUGUGUGUGUGUGCG